AUGUGUUUCGGGAGCAGAGAGAAGGACAACAGCGGUGCAGCGCGCACAAGGGAGCUCGACCGUGUUAUUCGGCAAGACGAGAAGCGCAUGGCGAAGGAAGUCAAGCUGCUCCUUCUUGGUGCCGGAGAGUCUGGCAAAUCGACCGUGCUGAAGCAGAUGAAGUUGAUCUACGCGCAAGGCUUCAGUAAGAAUGAGAAGCUCGAGUGGAAGCCCGUCGUAUUCAACAACGUUGUCCAGUCCUUCCGUCUGAUCUUUGAGGCGAUGAAGGAGAUUGACGUCAGCUUCGAGAACCCCGAGAAUGAGAAACACAUGGAGCUCUUGUUGGUAGACAACGAGAUCAAUGCGUCGGACCCUCUCCCCCAAGAGUAUCUUGCCCCCAUCAAGUCCCUCUGGGUCGACACGGGCGUCAGGCAAGCCAUCGAAAAGGGCAACGAGUUUGCGCUGCAUGACAACUUGGCCUACUUCUGCGAUGAUGUGGACAGACUCUGGAGCGAAACCUACGUCCCAACAGAUCAAGACCUGCUCCGAUCGCGACUCCGAACGACCGGUAUAACCGAGACGGUCUUCGAUCUCGGGCAAUUGACAUAUCGCAUGUUUGACGUCGGAGGCCAGCGAUCAGAGCGGAAGAAGUGGAUCCACUGCUUCGAGAACGUCAACUGCCUCCUGUUCCUGGUGGCCAUCAGUGGCUACGACCAAUGUCUUGUUGAGGAUCGAGACGGAAACCAGAUGAACGAAGCGCUCAUGCUGUGGGAGUCGAUCGCCAACUCGCACUGGUUCACAAAGUCGGCAUUGAUUCUGUUCCUCAACAAGAUGGACCUGUUCAAGGAGAAGAUCGCGAGAAGCCCCAUCACAGCCCAUGGCUUCACAGACUACCACGGUCCCGCCGACGACUGGAAGUCGGCUAGCAAGUACUUCCUCGACAAGUUCCGCGCCCUCAACCGGAACAUGGAAAAGGAGAUUUACGGACACCUGACGAAUGCAACGGACACGAACUUGCUCAAGAUCACGAUGGGCUCCGUCCAGGAUAUGAUCAUACAGCGAAACCUGAAGCAGCUGAUACUAUAA